AUGAGGAGCAAGUUGGCACCCAAAGUCCUCCGACUACCAAAGAGUCAAGUUUCCCCAACCCAAAUCAUCCAACCGAUACAAAAUACAAACGUAAAGUUGACCGUCGCCCAGACGCUCUCGAUUCGGCUUGGACAACCAAUAACGGCCAAUCCGUCCUGUCUACAUGGUCUCUCCGCACGACGCAAUCAAACCAGUUCUCCGAUUACCCUGCGUGAGCCAACACCCAGCGAGCGCAUCAUGGCUUUCCAAGGCAUGAAAAAUGGAGCCAGCCAGUUGGAGCCGCCGAGCAACUUGAGAGUUGUAGAUAUUGAAGAUUGGGAUCGAAGGUUGUUCAAACGUAUGGCUCCAGCUGUCCGCAAACGCGUCCAGCGGACGUACUUUGGCGAAAAGUAG